AUGGAAAGUGCCAACCAGACAGCCUCUGUGACAGAAUUUAUUCUCCUGGGCCUCUCCGCCCACCCAGCACUGGAGAAGAUGUUCUUUGUGCUCAUCCUGCUGAUGUACCUGGUGAUUCUGUUGGGCAAUGGGGUCCUCAUCCUGGUGACCAUCCUUGACUCCCACCUUCACACACCCAUGUACUUCUUCCUGGGGAACCUCUCUUUCCUGGACAUCUGCUAUACCACCUCCUCUGUCCCUCUGGUCCUAGAUGGCUUCCUGACCCCCAGGCAAACCAUCUCCUUCUCAGCCUGUGUUGUGCAGAUGUUCCUCUCCUUUGCCAUGGCAGGAACAGAGUGUGUGCUCCUGAGCAUGAUGGCAUUUGAUCGCUAUGUGGCCAUCUGCAACCCCCUGAGGUACCCCAUGGUCAUGAGCAAGGCUGCCUAUGUGCCCAUGGCUUCCAGCUCCUGGGCUAUUGGUGGUGCUGCUUCUGUGGUGCACACGAUCUUGACAAUUCAGCUGCCCUUCUGUGGGGACAACAUCAUCAACCACUUCACCUGUGAGAUCCUGGCUGUCCUGAAGUUGGCCUGUGCUGACAUCUCCAUCAACGUGAUCAGCAUGGGGGUAACAAAUGUGAUCUUCUUAGGAGCCCCAGUUCUGUUCAUCUCUUUCUCCUAUGUGUUCAUCAUUACCACCAUCCUGAGGGUCCCCUCAGCCGAGGGGAGGAAAAAGGCCUUCUCCACCUGCUCUGCCCACCUCACAGUCGUGGUCAUCUUCUAUGGGACCUUAUUUUUCAUGUAUGGGAAACCCAAAUCCAAGGACCCACUGGGAGCAGAUAAACAGGACCUUUCAGACAAACUCAUCUCCCUCUUCUACGGGGUGGUGACCCCCAUGCUCAACCCCAUCAUCUACAGCCUGAGGAACAAGGAUGUGAAGGCUGCUGUGAGCAACCUGGUGAAUCAGAAACACUUCACUCAAUGA